AUGGACCCUAACUGGAUAUUCGCGGGCCCAGAAUUCCACUCACUCCAUCAUAUCUAUCCGGAUCGUUACAUUGGUUCAUUCGUCAAACUCUUCGACUGGAUAUGGGGUACUGCCUACUGCUAUAAGCAUAAGCGCUUUGUCCUCACUGGAGGAAGUGGAGCAUUUGGUCGGGCAAUUACAACACAGCUCCAGCGUGAAGAAGGGGUGCGCUGCGUUGACAAAUUGAAAUUUGGCAUCGAUUGGAAUCAUCGUCAAUUCGAGAAAGCUAUUCCUGCGCUGUCGAAUUGUGAUGUUUUAAUCCUGGCCCACGGCUCGAAGGGCCAGGAUGCAAUUGAAGCAAAUUGCGAUUCGACUAUCCGACUUAUCAAAUUAUUUAAGCAAUGCAGAUUGGCCAACCCUGCCUGUCUCACGCUCCCGGAGGUAUGGUACCUUGGCAGCGAGGCUGAGCUUCAUCCAUCGUGGGGAAUUGCAACACUUCAACGUUACUCUCAGUCGAAACGAAAAUUCCUGCCGCAUGCUCGCUCCUUUUUCGAUGACCCUGAUAUGAUUUACCGCCAUAUCGUCCCUUCUUCGUUUCAGUCAUCCAUGGGAUCCGCUGUACUCUCUGCGGAUUGGGCAGCCAAGUGUGCAAUGUGGUGGAUUCGGCGUGGUGCCAGAUAUAUUCCUGUCACAUAUACAGGAAUUGCGUACUUGAACUACUUCAAAUUCAUGUAUCGCAUUCCUUGCGAGCACGAUGUGGAUCAAAAGUUAGCCAACUCUCUCAAAUAG